AUGGUUGUGCAUGUCGACCGGCGCAGCAGGGUCGUAGACGGCACUGAGACCGACGUCAACGAGUACCCGUGGCAGGCCGGCCUGGUGCGCCCCGGUGGCACGCGCACCUUCUGCGGCGACAGCGUCAUCAACAACCGGUACGUGCUGACGGCGGCGCACUGCACGGCCGGAGCAUCUGCCUCCCAGAUCCAGGUGCUGCUCGGCGACCACCGGAUCAGUGUGCCGGACGGCGAGAUCCGCUACUCGGUCGUCCAAAUCCUGCAACACCCGCAGGACGUUACUGGGGCAUCUAGAUCUGGGGCAGCCUUGCGCGUGAAAGCAUGA